AGCGGGGCGGGCGGGCCCGCUGUGCGCGGAGGCGGCGGUGCUGCUCCGCUCCGCUCCGCACCGGGGCUGCCGGUGACAAGACCUGGAGAAGAAAGUGCUGCAAGGACAUGUGACAUGCCAAGAAAUAUGGGAUAUCCUAUCACUCAUCUUAUGCCUGGUGUGGACUUGGGCAGGAUCACUGAGGAUUCAGCUGCAUAGCUCUGUCAUGGCUGCACAGCUCCCUUGAGACCAGCCUAAUUCUGCUGGAAGGACUUAAAAUGAAGGUGUGAAGUAAACCACUGUCUGCAAGGCCCCUGGCCUUAUAAGUGCUUUCUGUGCCCAUGCUGGUACAGACAGCCAAGGGCUGCUUUUCUGCUCGGAAAGACUGGGAUGUAAACGAGCUCCAGCUGCUGUUUUGAUGCAGCUUCCAUGUGGAAAUCUCCAUGGACUGCCCUGUGACCCUGAGACCUCAGCUGGAUGCUUCUCUUCUCCUUCUUGCCUUACCUCAACACCUUAAGAGAUCUCUUUCGAAAUCAUUUGUCAUUUGAGCUCUGCUGUGUGACAGAUGCAGGGGCUCUAAUCCAGGAUGAAUGAAUGCUACUAUGAUAAGCGCAUGGACUUCUUCUAUAACAAGACAAAGACGGACACAGCAGAUGAGUGGACAGGGCCACAGCUCAUUGUUGUUCUGUGUUUUGGGACGUUUUUCUGCCUCUUCAUUUUUAUUUCAAAUUCAUUGGUCAUAGCAGCUGUGGUCAAGAACAAGAGGUUUCAUUUUCCCUUUUACUAUCUUUUGGCCAACUUAGCUGCUGCAGACUUCUUUGCUGGAAUUGCCUAUGUCUUCUUGAUGUUCAACACUGGCCCAGUGUCCAAGACAUUAACUGUUAACCGCUGGUUUUUGCGUCAGGGUCUCCUGGACACCAGCCUGACGGCUUCCCUGGUGAAUCUCCUCGUCAUAGCUGUUGAGCGGCACAUGUCAAUAAUGCGGAUGAAGAUCCACAGUAACCUCACAAAGAAGAGAGUCACCUUUUUAAUUAUAUCAAUUUGGGCCAUUGCUAUUUUCAUGGGUGCUGUUCCUACCCUGGGUUGGAACUGCCUCUGUGACAUUACUGUCUGCUCAUCCCUGGCACCUAUUUACAGCAGAAGUUACCUGGUAUUCUGGAGUGUCUUAAACCUGGUUGUCUUCUUCAUUAUGGUGGUGGUUUACAUAAGAAUCUACAUGUACGUCCAGAGGAAGACUAACGUCUUGUCAUCACACACUAGUGGAUCCAUUAGCCGUAGGAGAACCCCUGUGAAGCUCAUGAAGACUGUCAUGACUGUCUUAGGUGCCUUUGUUGUCUGCUGGACGCCUGGCCUGGUCGUCUUACUGCUUGAUGGUCUGAACUGUACCUACUGUGGGAUUCAGAAUGUUAAAAGAUGGUUUCUUCUCCUGGCCCUGUUGAACUCUGUCAUGAACCCAAUAAUUUAUUCAUACAAAGAUGAUGAGAUGUGGGCUACCAUGAAAAGGAUGAUUUUCUGCUCCUCUGAGGAUAAGAGUCAGGACAGACGCUCAUCUCGGAUCCCCUCAACAGUUCUCUGCAGGAGCACGGAUACCUCAGGGCACUACAUUGAAGAUGGCAUUAUUCAAGGAACAAUCUGUGGAAAAGGAGAUCUUGGUAACAAAGGAAACUCCUGAGCUAUGCAAAGAACUGACUUGGCUGCAAAAGGAGAGGGGGAAGGGAGAGGCUUUGUAAGAGAAGAUUGACUGGCAAAGCUAGUAAACAAUAUAUCCACUUUGUUCCAGAGCCUCAACUCCAGUGUUAACAAAAGUUCUUAUAAAUAAUUGCCUGAUGGAAAAACACUUUGUAAUGAAGAAAACUUUCUGUGCUGCCAUCUUUCUCCUUUUUUUCUUUUAAGUACAUGAAAUUGUUUUUUCAUGUGAACGGAAUAAAUACCUCUCUGAGACUUCUUGUGCAUGGAAGCAAAAUGUAAGCAAUGUACUAAGACCCUCCUUAAGCUCCUACGGAGAAAAUAAACCUGCCUGACUGUGCAGGUUUGGCAUUCAUUGAGUAUUUAUGCUUUGAACAGUUUCUGUGCAUCUUGAGAAGGAUUGUAGGCUUGGUUGGACAGAAUCGUGACCUGUUUUCUUGGUUUAUGAAGUUCAUGAAAUAGUUCAUGCUUACGUCCUUCUUUUUCCUCCAUAUCUUGCUUUCAAAAUAGGUACUUUGAUGGUUUAUUAAGGCUAUGCCAGAAACCUGGCUGUGAUGGGAUAGCCAGACCAGACAUCAGAGUGUGUGAGUAUGUCUGACCGUGGAUUGUCAGGACCUGAGAGUACAGAAAGCACAAAAGCCAUUAUUACUUCCGUAGUGGGGUGAGUGCUGCAAGGGGAGACAUUGCACUCUCUGCUGCUGUUGUGUAGGCAGGUGUUGAGGGUGGAUUAACAGAAAAGCAGUGAGGCUCAUUAUGCUCAUUUCUUACUUCCUCAGAUAAUAUCAAAUGGGUGUGCUCACUCUUCUUUACCUGCUGUGCCGCUGAGAGAAAUGAGAUCCAAAACUCUGUUUUACUAGGGUGAACUUUUAAGGGAAGUUUAAAUACACAUAUAUACAGGUUCAAUCAGCUACUUAAAAUAGAAAUUAAUUUACAGAAAAAAAAAGCCUGAAACCAAUUAAAACCCCUAUAAGAGUACAGUAUGCAUUGGUUGUCAGACCUUGUCUGGACCACAUUUAACCUCCAAUUUGCAAACAGAUCUUACUGGAACAGGUACUUGAGGAAGAGGCCAUGAAACAGUGAGCAAUGAAGGGCAUUCAGCAUUGUGACUAAUCAAAUCUAGCACUGGUGAAGCCACAACCCCAAAACAUAGCAAGAAACUGCAGGACAAGCUCAGGAGGAGCAGAGAUCUUGUGUUUCAGCUGCAAGCUAGCAAUAUAAAGCUCUAGGGUAAACUUUUAAAAUUUAAACUUUUAAAUUAAAAAUUGGAUUGUAGAUUUCUCAGUACUCUAAAAACCUGGCUCCUGCUGUCUGGUUUCAGCAACAGUGAGCUCCCUGUCUUAAUUUCAAAAGGAGUUACUUGACUUGCCUCCUAGAGAAAAUGUAAUCCACGGUAGUAAGGCAGGUGACCACAACCAGAGGUCACUUUGAAAAGUUUUAGAAAUUUUGAUCACUUGGAAUUGCCAGGAAACAACACCAAGAGCGUAUUGCAUGAAGCUGAAAGUCAGCUGUGAUUUGGACAAAUUCCUCCUCUGGUGCAACUUGAAUGUGGAUAUCUGGACUGUGUGGGUCAAAAGAGAACCAGCACUUGGCACAAAGGCCAAGUAGUGGAUUUGUAGAAUGCACUGGGGGAUUUCAUAGCAGCCCUUAUCUUACAAACACAGCAAGGCUCUGUUUGGAGAGCUCUCCCAAAACAUGCAUUAUCUCAUAGGGAUGUGGCCCAGUAUUCAAGGUAGAUGCUGUAUUUGAGUAAUGCUAAAAACCUUUACAUGUUUUUGCCAUUAUAAUGCAAUUUUCUUGUGCAAAUACUACUUCACUGCUUUGGUGUUUUGAAAAGUAUGUAAAAUGGUGCUUUGUAGAGGCAGUGGUGUGGUGGGUUGACUCUGGCUGGAGACCAGGUGCCCACCAAAGCUGCUCCAUCACUCCUCUCUUCACUGGACAGGAGAGAGAAAAUAUAAAAAAAGGACAGGGAGAGAUUGAUCACUAAUUACAGAUUUGGCUUGGGGCAAAUUUAAAUUAUUACUAAUGAAAUCAGAGUAGUAUAAUGAGAAAUAAAACCAAAUCUUAAAAAUACUUUCCUCCCAUCCCUCCCUUCUUCCCAGGCUUACCUUUACUCCUGAUCUUCACUAUCUUCAUCCCACAAUGGUGCAGGGGAACAGAGAAUGUAUCAGUUCAUCAGUCUCUACCACUUCUUCCUCCUCAUGGUGAGGAUUCCUCACACUCCUGCCCUGCUCCAUUAUGGGGCCCUUCUUACAGUUCUCCAUGAACUUCUCCAACGUGAGUUCUUCCCACAGGCUGCAGUUCUUCACAAACUGCUCCAGUGUGGCUCCCUGGCAUGGGAUGCAGUCUUUCAGAACAGGCUGUUCCAGUGUGAGUUCCCUGUGGGAUCACAAGUCCUGACAUCAAACCUACUCCAGCAUGGGCUUUCCAUGUGAUCACAGCCUCCUCUGGGCAUUCCCCUGCUCCAGCAUGGGCUCCUCCACAGGCUGUAGGUAGCUAUCUGCUCCACCAUGGCCUCCACGGCAGGGGCACGGCUGUCUCACCAUAAAACACCAGGGCAAUCUCUGCUCUGGUGUGUGGAGCACCUUCUCUGCCUCCUUCCUCACUGACCUUGGUGUUGACACUGUGGUUUCUCUCCUCUCUUCAGCUGCUGUUGCACAAGUUUUUUUCACCUGUCUUAAAUACGUUAUCCCAGAGGUGCUACCACUGCCACUGUUGGACUCAGCUUUGGCCAGUGGUGGGUCUGUCUUGGAGCCGGCUGGCAUUGGCUCUGUCAGGAGUAGGGGAAGCUUCUAAUGUCUUCUCACAAAAGCCACCACUGUAGCCCUCUCUGCUACCAAAAGCUUGCCAUGCAAACUCAACACAGGUGGCAUUGCCAGGGUGUAGCAUGUCCCUACAGCUACUGCAGUGUACAGUUUGUCUUAGCUAGGCUGAAGCUCUGUAUGCAAAGCUAAUGGAAAAUAAAAUGCUGCUUCGAAAUAAAAU